AGUAGAUGGCGGUAAUGCAACACCGAGGAUACAAGCUGCCGUCUAAGCCCAAAGAAGAAGAAGUUCUAAUAUGGCUGCGCCCUAACGUGAGGUGGUGAAGGAGCAAUAUCUGUACAACAACCCUCGAUAGUGACUCGUUUAAAAGUUUUUCGGACAUUCGUGACAGGAAACCGGUUCGUUUCAGUCACAUCGAUGUUUCCGAUGACAGGAGAAACUCAAUCUUCAGCCUGAAUCUGCUCAUACGAUGGCUCUCAGAAGAGCUGGGACCCUCCUUCUAACAGGAAAUGAGUGUGUCUUCAAUAAGUUGGCACAUCUCUUUAAAAAAUCACCAAACUUCUUCAGCCAAAUCGUUGGAUUUCAUCACCACCGUUGCAGUGGAGCGAGAACUGUUCACACCGGUUCACCAUUGCUGGUGUCCAGGUUACUGUCGGUGGAAGAGCUGUUUGCCCAGAGGUCUCUGCAGGAGUACCUGAAGAGGACGGAGGCAGAGUACAGUGAAUGUCUGAGAGCAGUGAACCACAAUGAGACGGAGGAGCAAUGCAGCGAGGAGGAGCUGAGGGCCAAGAGGAGCAGGGUGUCGCUGCUGGCUCCUCUCGCCCAGAGCAUCAGGGAACUUGACACCAAACACAAAGAGAUCACAGAGACUGAGGCGCUGCUGAAAGAUGAAGACCCUGCGCUUCAAGAGCUGGCGGAGCUGGAACGAGACGGCUGUUUGCAAGAUAUUCAAGAUCUUAGACAAAAGAUCCUGGAUCUGUUGAUCCCUGAAGAGGAGGCUGAUCUGAGCGACCUCAUACUGGAGGUCACAGCUGGUAUUGGGGGUCAGGAGGCCAUGUUGUUCACUGCUGAGGUGUUUGACAUGUACCACGGCUUCGCUCAGCAUCACGGCUGGUCCUUUGACAUCCUGGAGCACAUGACCAGCGAGAUAGGUGGACUCCGUCACGCCUCGGCCAGUAUCAGUGGCCCCGAGAGCUACAAGAGAAUGAAGUUCGAAGGUGGAGUCCAUCGAGUGCAGAGGGUUCCCAAGACUGAGAAACAGGGUCGAAUGCACACCAGCACCAUGACUGUGGCUGUACUUCCCCAACCUACAGAGAUCUCAUUCACGAUAAACCCAAAGGACCUGCGGAUAGAAACUAAGAGGGCAAGUGGAGCUGGAGGCCAACACGUCAACACCACAGACAGUGCAGUCAGAAUAGUUCAUCUGCCCACAGGCGUGGUUGCAGAGUGCCAGCAGGAACGAUCCCAGCUGAAGAACAAGGAGAAGGCCAUGAAGGCCCUGAGAGCAAAACUGUACAGCAUCAAGCUGGAGGAGGUGACCAGCAAACGCUACAACCAGCGUAAAGUACAGAUUGGCACCAAAAGCAGAUCGGAGAAGAUCCGGACAUACAACUUCGCCCAGGACCGGAUCACAGACCAUCGGAUCGGAAAGACUGUGCACGAUGUCAAGAGCUUCCUGCUGGGAGAGGAGCUGCUGGAUGAGAUGAACUGUUCGCUGCACGAGUUCUCCAACCAGGAGACGCUCAUGGAACUGUUGGGAGAAAACGACCAGGGGGGUUCAUGAGUUUGUCUCAGAGGACGAGGGAUUUUGUGGAAAAGUUCCUGCUACAUAAAUACAAUAUAUGAAAUAUUGUAGGUCAUUGUUGUUGUGCUUCAAAUUCUUCUGUGGAAACCACAAGGAAAAGGACCAAGAUGGGGACCACGUCUCAAUGCUUCUGCCCAUCCAGAGUUAGAAAUAUGGUGAUUUUAUUUUAUACAGAUGGAGAUACAGGAAGCCAUUUACACUUAUUUAUGUAUACACACCUAUAGGUGGCAAUUGAAGUGACUGCACUAUGGAGUGGCUUGGCAGAUGCUCGCUUGAGUAGUUCAUGUUGUAUUUUAUGUCAGAUCUGUUUUGGAAAUCUAUUUUCUCCUCUAUCAGUGUCACCGCUUCCAUGCUUAACAGUAGGAAAAUUAUGGUAUGUCUGCCAAGGAGUUUGUUUUCACUCCUGACGUAAAAUUAUUGAGACAGAUUUCCACAAAACUUUGUGGAAGGAUAUGUAAUUAUGGGUCAGGGAAAAACCCAUAAAAUGUUGGUGUGGAGCCCGGAAAUGUUAAUUUUCUUUAAAACGAAGGUCGAGAUAGGAUUUAUUUCUCCCCAAAAUGUUCAUCUUUAAUGGAUCUUGAAGACAAAAAUGUGACAUUUGGAGGGAACUGAUAUCAAUGUGUGUGCAAUGCGGUGCAGCUUGAUUGAAUAUAAAUAAGAGGACGGCUUUGGUAGAGGUACUGUCUCUACUGAGCGCUAUUCCUGUUACCUCCGAGCAAAGGUCACAUUUUCAGCCCUAGCGUGUGUGUUUGUAAAAACAACCGAACAGAAAUCCACAAAACGUGGAAACGUGGAAAGAUGCAGUUUUGGGUCAGGAAAGAAUCCAGAGACUCGGACAAAGGACGUCUCACUAUGUUCUCUUGAUUUCUCACAGAACAAUUAAUGGUGCACAACCAAGUAAAAAAUAUGUCUCCGUGAAUUUAGGGCAUUGUCUACUGAAAAAUACUUAAUUAAACAUGUUGAUAAGA